GACCGUGAAAAUCGCCAGUUGUAGAGAGAAAGGCGACAUAUCUUGACUGGAAACCCCGUUUGGUCGUCCUCCGUGAGAGUUUUGCCACUUACAUGCGCGGUAAAUGUCUGACGCGCUUUUGUAAAUCAUCUGAGGAAGACGACAACAACAACAACAACAAAUGGCCAGAGAGCAAUUUAAGUGUGAUGUUGUGCUGAAACGGUGAGGAGGAUUUGAGGUCUACACAGGCAGUUCCGCACGGUUUAAGGAUAAUCAGUGUGUCAGUUCGGUCUUUCUUAUGUAAAGCAGCUGUCUUUGAAGGCGGAUCUUUUGGCAGGUUAGUUCAGGACUGAAGCGGAGGAGCUCAGACUGCGCGAGGCAGCGAGCAACUCGACACGGAGCAACGGAAGGCGAGCUGGAGGAGAUAAAAACCAGUUUACAGAGAGGAUUCAUUCAUAAACAUUAACAUAAACUUCGUGAAUGCGAUAAAACUACGCCGUGCUUUGUGUUGCGUGGAACGCACUGGUUGAGUUUGGAUCGUUUGCGGAGGAUGAAUGUGGAAAGCAGCGCGAGCCGGAGUUUAAAGCGAAGUCUGAAGGAAAUAAACCGUCAAAGAAGCAAAAAACGACAGGAAUUUUAUCUGUGGACAUGAACUGCAAAGUCUUCUAAUUUUGAGCUUUUUUUGAACUUAACAUUGUUUGGGACAUUCUUUUCAACUCAAGACUGGGUUUCUCACUAAUGCACUUCAAUCCUUAAAGUUCACAUUUUGGGGAUACGGACACGGUCAGUUACAAAGAAACAACAACAAUGAAACAACUUAAAUAAGCAAAAAGUGUUCAGAGCCUUAUUUUAAAAGACUCCCAUAUCUUCUUUUCUGCUACAUGAGGUAAUAUAAUAUAAAAUGUUUGUUGGCACUGUUGGACUGGGCGCUCUUGCGCUGCUGUGUGUGGCUGGAGUUUCUUUUGCUAUCAGCUCCAUAGACCCCGACCGUCCCGCAGAAGGAAGGUGCCAGGAAAUUGCUAUCCCACUCUGCAAGGACAUCGGCUACAACUUGACAGUCAUGCCAAACUUAAUGGGACACGAGGAUCAAGGCGAGGCGGCCAUCAAGCUGCAUGAGUUUGCGCCGCUGAUCGGUAUCGGCUGCCACAGCCAUCUGAAGUUUUUUUUGUGCUCUCUCUAUGCUCCCAUGUGCACGGAGCAGGUAUCCACCCCCAUCCCAGCGUGCCGAGUGAUGUGCGAGCAAGCUCGGCAGAAGUGUUCUCCAAUCAUGGAGCAUUUUAACUUCCGCUGGCCGGACUCGCUGGACUGCUCCAAGCUGCCGAACAAAAAUGACCCCCAUAACCUAUGCAUGGAGGCCCCUAAUAAUGGCACGGACGAGCCCCUGAAGGGCUCCCACACUCAGCCACCCGACUCCAGGCCACCUCGUCCAGGUAACAGUCAAGAACUGCCCAUUAAGGAGAGGGUCGGUAAGACGACAUGCAGUAACCCUGGAAAGUUUCAUUAUGUGCAGAAGAGCGAGUCGUGUGCCCCCAAAUGUUACCCUAAUGUUGACGUAUACUGGAGCCAAGGCGACAAGCGUUUCUCUAUGGUGUGGAUCGCCGUCUGGUCCAUUCUGUGCUUUAUCUCCAGCGCCUUUACCGUACUCACCUUCCUCAUUGACCCCCAGCGCUUUAAGUACCCAGAGCGUCCCAUCAUCUUCCUCUCUAUGUCUUACUGUGUCUACUCAGUGGGCUUUCUUAUAAGACUUUUUGUAGGGGUCGAAAACGUGGCUUGUGAUCGCGACACUGGCGUGCAGUACAUCAUCCAAGAAGGCUUGGAGAGCACAGGAUGCACCAUAGUCUUCCUUAUUCUGUACUAUUUUGGGAUGGCCAGUUCUUUGUGGUGGGUCAUUCUUACUCUUACGUGGUUCCUGGCAGCUGGGAAAAAAUGGGGCCACGAGGCCAUCGAAGCCAACAGCAGCUACUUUCAUCUGGCGGCAUGGGCUAUACCAGCCAUUAAGACCAUCAUGAUCCUGGUUAUGAGGAAGGUGGCGGGAGAUGAGCUCACAGGGGUGUGCUACGUUGGCAGCAUGGAUGUCAAAGCCUUGACCGGUUUCGUUCUUAUUCCCCUCUCUUGCUACCUCAUCAUCGGCACUUCCUUUUUGCUCUCAGGGUUCGUGGCACUUUUUCACAUCCGCAAGGUUAUGAAGACAGAAGGAGAGAACACAGAUAAGCUGGAGAAGCUGAUGGUCAGGAUCGGCGUCUUCUCGGUUCUUUACACAGUUCCUGCCACUUGUGUCAUCGCUUGCUAUUUUUACGAGCGACUUAACAUGGAUUAUUGGAAGAUUCUCGCGAGUGAGCAGAAGUGCGUUGAGGAUGGUAAGAGCGGCGAGGAGUGCGUGAUGAAGACCUCCAUUCCAGCUGUGGAGAUCUUCAUGGUUAAAAUUUUCAUGUUGCUUGUGGUGGGCAUCACCAGCGGCAUGUGGAUCUGGACCUCCAAAACGCUGCAGUCUUGGCAGAACGUUUUCAGCCGCAAACUGAAGAAAAAGACCAGGAGAAAGGCUGCGUGUGUUUUUACGGGCAGUGGUCCUUACCUCAAGCCUCAUCCUGCACUGAAAGGACAUAAAACCAAGUAUGAACCAGCAGGUCCUCCUGCCACAUGUGUAUGAGCUGGGCCUCAAUACACAAAAACAGCCAAACAAGUAAAUGCUUGACUAUAAAGACAGAAGCAAAGACACAGAAAUUCUUAUAUUUAUUUAAUGCAGACUUUU